GGUGACCCCCAGGGCUCUGUGCUGGGUCCUUUACUCCUCAUUAUCUACAUCCUCCUUCUUGGUCAGAUCCUCCGUCACGUCAACUUUGACUUCCACUGCUAUACCGAUGACACCCAGAUCUACCUCAGCACCAAAUCCCUCCUCAACCCACCUCUGGCCCACAUUGAAUCCUGCCUCUCUGCAAUAAAAACAUGGAUGCAACAAAACUUCCUUAAGCUCAACUGUGACAAAAUGGAACUCCUCCUCAUAGGCAGGAAAUCCACCCUCACCAAAGGUGGCAACCUCACCAUUGACGACACCACGGUCUCUCCCUCCCUCCAUGCACGCAACCUUGGUGUCAUCCUGGACACCUACCUCUCAUUUGACCACCACAUAAGACACACUGUCAAAUCCUCAUUCUUCCACCUCCGCAACAUUGCCAAAGUCAGGUCCUCCCUCUCCCGUCCUGCCGCUGAAAUCCUCAUACAUGCAUUCAUGUCCUCCAGUCUUGACAACUGCAACUCACUACUCUCCGGCAUCAACUCGAGCUCCCUCCAUAAACUCCAAAUGGUUCAAAACUCUGCAGCCCAACUCCUCACCCACACUAAGUCCUGGCAGCACAUCACCCCUGUCCUCUGUGAACUCCACAGGCUCCCUGUCUCACAAUGCAUUGAUUACAAGAUCUUCCUUCUGACCUACAAAGCCCUUCACCACCUUGCCCCCCCUUAGCUCUCAGACUUUCUUCUCCCCCCACCAACCCACACACAUACUCCAUUCCACCACAGCAGGCCACCUUGUCAUCCCCAAGUCGUAGCUCCAGCGCUUCGGCCUUCUCCAGGGUUGGUCAUAGGCUCUGGAACUCCAUCCCUCCAGCCAUCCAUGACUCAGAGUCCAUCACUAUCUUUCAGUCCCUCCUAGAGCCCCACCUCUUUGACAAGGCCUACCCUUAAGCUCCCUGAAUGUCCUGAAUACAAAGCAUUAUGUCCUGAAUACAAAGCAUUAUGUACUGAACACAAAGCAUUAUGUACUAAACACAAAGCAUUAUGUACUGAACACAAAGCAUUAUGUCCUGAACACAAAGUAUUAUGUUUGGGGCAAAUCCGACAACAUCAUUGAGUACCACUUUUCAUAUUUUUAAGCAUGGUUGUGGCUGCAUCGUCUUAUGUGUAUGCUUGUCAUCGACAAGGACUAGGGAGUUUUUUAGGAUCAAAAGAAAGCAAAGGCAAACUCAGUGGCAGAUGCUGUCAUAUCACCGUGUGGGACUGUGGGUCAAUUAACCUUG